AUGUGGAAAGAGGAAUUUUUCUUUGUACACUAUUCUGCAUUCUCAAGGUUAAUUAAAUUUGGAGAUUCCAUAGAAACAGGCCUUGAACCUGUCCCUGAUUCGACCAACAAAGAAAGGGAUAUCGUUGAGUACCUAUCUGCUAAUUUUGUGAAGUGGUUCAGCCCGGAUGAAACAAUGUUAUGGAUGGAUGGGUUAACUUCUUAUUGGAAUAAACUAGGAAAGCAACAGGUGCAAAAAGUAGCAGGAAAAUUUGUUAAUAUUUUGGAUCGCUUCAUAGGAAGUGGCUUGAUGGAUCUACUCAAUUUACUAAGGAUCCGCUAG